AUGUCAAAGUACGCCGAUCCCGAUUACUGGGAAGAGCGGUACCGCAGCAAUGACACGACGUACGACUGGUAUGUCCCCUUCGACAGUCUUGAACCGAUCUUACGUCCCCUGUUACAGCCACCGGAGCAGGUCCGUGUACUUAUUGUUGGUUGCGGCAACAGUCGUCUUUCCGCAAGUUUGUACGAUGAAUUAAAUAUACGUAAAAUUACAAAUGUGGAUGUGUCGCCAACUGUUAUUGCGCAGAUGGAGCGGCGGUGCAAAAAUAUGACUGAGAUGCAGUGGAUUUGCUGUGAUCUUGUAAAUACGUCACCGGAGAAGUUGUUGGCCCUUUUAUGUCCAAAUGAUUACCUGUUUGAUUUCAUUAUUGAUAAAGGUUUUAUUGACGCCAUCCUUGGGGGGCAUAAUUCCUUUCACAAUGUUUACACAGUGACGAAGAAUUUGUCACGGCUGCUUAAAAAGGGCGGACGCUUUCUCUCCGUUUCAUACGGCUCGCCGGAAACUCGCAUGGACCACUUCCGUCGUCGCCGGCUUUUUUUUGAUGUGGAACACAAGGCCAUUGAGAAGCCGAUGUUUAACUCAACAGCCACGACGACAGGACAUUAUCAUGUCUACAUCAUGACAAAGCUUGGAGAAAAGCAAACGGCGAUAGCCGUGGGAGACGCAGGAGCCGCUUUGGACGGUACAACAGUAAGUGGUGACUCCGAUGAUGAUGAGGACGAUUUCUACGAUCGCUUCAUGAUGCAGACAACAUCCCCCACCAUGGCGGCGGACCCAAGUCGCAUUCAUACACUGUAA